AUGUACCUAUCCUAUUAUAAAGGCCUAUGUCGCAGAGUGGCCCGUCUACCGUUAGACCACCACAGUCUCGAGGUUGCGAGACGAACGCUUAAGGCACAAUUCACACAGUCAAAAUCCGUGCCUACAUACUCUGUCGUGGACAGAAAGCUUUAUGAUCGUGUUAUAUCGGUUCUUGACGAUAUCCUUAUUUAUGAAAAGUACAAAGACUUCGACAAGCUCCUCAAUUUGGUGUACCGAGAUCUUAAGCCACGUCCAUUGUGGGUCGAAAAGUUUCAUCACACCCGCUACGGCGCAUUCAAAAAGGUCUGGCCGCAAGUGCAUCUAAUGGACGAAUUUGGUGACUCUAACAGAUGCAAAGAAUACCACGAUGCUCUUGCAAAGAUGCAGCCUGCAACAGAGUUUCUGUUCUUGGAAGCCAUGCAAAUCCCAGUCAACGCGGACUUGGGGUCACUUUCUCUAUUGGGCCGUGCAACUUCCACAGAUAAAGUGCCUCAAGAAUCUGAACUUCUCAAGAAGUUGAUUGUUUUCCAUCAAUUUUUGAAAACACACGCCAAUGCGUUGCUGGAUACGCAAAUCCACAUGCUAGAUGUGUGCUAUAAACCCAAUAGAUAUGGACUUCCACCUAGCGUUGCAGCCAUGGAAGCCGAGCUCAAGAAAAAAGUGAACUAUGCCAAACAUCUCUUGGAUUCGUUCAAGCCAAUUGAAAAGGAGGAUUUGCUAUACUUGAUAGAAUUUACCACCUCUAAGAGAGAGCCCUUACCAGAAUUCAAUCCUAAUUUUUUCCGCUACAUGCUCAGGAAAAGGGCAAAAGAGAAAAACGAACUCUCACCGGCUAUCCAGAAAUAUGUGCGGCAUAAACAGUUGAUUCCUAACGAAAGAAAUCUACUCCAUAAUUAUCGACAAUACGUCGUGCGCCAAUUCUAUGUCGAUGAAAAAGGCGAGUAUACAAUCAGCCCGAUGACAAAUAUUUACGAUUAG